AUGGAUAGAGAAGAUGAAGUUAUUUGGGCUAUUUCAUCUACUGGUCAUUAUAAUACCAAGCAUACUUGGGAGGCUCUUAGAAAUAGAGGAGAGAAAGUCCAGUGGGCUUCUCUAGUGUGGUUCUCCAGAAGUGUUUCUAAGUGGUCGUUCAUAUUGUGGCUUGCUUGUUUAAGGAGGUUAUCUACAAAGGAGAGACUACGUCACAGGGGGCUGACCAUUGAUUCAGUAUGCGUGUUAUGCUCUCAAAGGGAUGAGACAUUGCAACAUUUGUUUUUUGCUUGUAGUUAUUUCAGAAGUAUUUGGAUGGUUAUUCUUCAAAGAUUCCUGGUUCAGAGGGAUCCGGAAGAAUGGGAUAGUGAACUUAGGUGGGCCAUCGAUCAUUGUAGAGGUAAAAGCUUCAGGUCAUUCUUGCUCAAAUUGGUUUUGGCAGCUGGAGUUUACUACAUUUGGUUGGAAAGGAAUUCUCGUGUUUUUGGAGGGAAUCAUAGAGGAGUUGCUCAGGUAUUGGCGAGUAUUGAAGAUAAUGUGCGACUUCUAGUUUGCACUCGAGAGCAUUUUCCAAACUCUCUUGAAAAUGAAAGACUAUGCUGUAGCUGGAAUAUUUCAAGUAGAGUUCUUGGCACGUUCUUGUAUGCGGGUUUAACUCCCCUUGUUAUUGUGUUGGUUGGUUAUAAAAUGAGCAAGUUACCAAAAAAAAAACAGAUCUGCUAA